GCGAAAGCGAUGGAUGCUUAAUUUUUGCAGCAAAUUUUAUUUUGUAACAUGUCAGACAGAAGAAAAAGUAAGAGAAGGUCUAGUUUAGCAGCCAGUAGGAUCCAACUUCAGUAUGAAAAGGCAAAAAUUAGUUCAUCUGGAGAGCUUUACAAGAUAAUAAGUCCAGAUAAAACAGAUGAAGAACGUUUAGCUGCCUUACACAGAACCUGCUUGGAGUAUACACUGCAGAAAUUAGAGGAGGAAAAUCCAAACUUAGAAGGACUUGAAGAUUUAAAGAAAACAUUGCUGGACCAAGGACUUAGAAAGAUAUCUGAAUUGGAAGAAAACGGAAGUUUUAAACAAGCUUGUAAUAAUGACAGAAUUUUGACAGAGAACCCCCAUAAUUUGGAAAUGGAUGAAAUAAUUGAAGCCUUAAUCAGCUACAACAAAAAACUAGAGGAAGAAACAGACCAAUGGGAGAGUUUAUUGAGAGACUCAAACAAAGCUGUGUCAGACAUGGAAGCCCAUGAAUCAAAUAGUGUGGAAUUUCUACAUAGGAAACCAGAUAAGUUAUCUCCCUUAACAUGGAGGGAGGUAGAUCAAGCUAAAGCUGCCCAGUAUUUACCUGACCCUCUAGACGUCAGCCUCUGUAACAAACUGGAGAGGACAGUAGAGGAGGUCAACAAAACAGUAGAAAAAUUUGGCAAGACAGUUUCAGUUGUUCAGAAUAUUCAAAUCCUGUGUGACAAAAUGCUGAAAGAAAAGUCUGAAAAACUCAAGGUAGACUCAUUUAAAGACAACCAUAUGUUUACACCACGGACCUUAAUCCAGAGAAUCACUGGACUCCAGACUCCAAAGGCGUAAACCUGGAGGGAAAGACGGACAAGUCUGAACCAUUUCUGAGAUCUGAAGAGGGCAAUGCUUAAAACACAGGCUGUGCUGUGAAAAAAAAGGAUCAGAACAUACUGAUAAAGAAUAAGUUUCUGACUAGUUUCUCUUUGCAAUAUAGCAAAACUACAAACUUUAAUAAUGAUGGCAAGUUUAUGUGUUGAUGUGUGGACAUAUUUUAAUUAAAUAAGAUUUGAAGUGUCCAUGUAUAUGAUUGUUAUAAAUUUAAACCAUUUUAGUUUACAACUUUGUCAGAAUGUAAAUAAACAUUGUAUGUAUAUAUGUA